AUGGAAACAAUUGAUACUCUUUCCGUGCCAAAUACAGAACAAACAAUAGAGAAAGGAGAAAAUGCACAAGCUAUCCGUGAUUCAGAACAGAUGGAAAAGAAGAGAAGGGCUAUUGAGUGUAUAGUUGCAUGUUUUGACUUAAUGUUAGAAGCAACUACACAAUGUGGCCCUGGUUUACGGGUACGCUCUCUGGAUGAGCUUGAUGGCCUGCUUCGGAGGCAACUUUUAGCAAUCAAUGGUUCCAUUGAAGCACUGAAAAAAUACUGGAUGUCCGAAGGAUGCUCUAUUCUGGCUUAUAUAGAUCUUGGUGAUGAUGGAAGAUGGAUGUUAAACUUGGCAGUUGAUUGUUCUCAUGGUGUGUCAUUCCUUCGUUCCAUCGAACUACCUUCAGGCAGCUACGACCAAGCAUUUGUUUGCCGACUAGUUGAUUCUUGCAUUGAAGAAAUUGGAGAGAAAAAUGUGGUGCAAACAAAUUUGCUGGACAUGACCCGCAAGUUCACCAACCAGCAGGAUUUGGUUCAUGUUGGGAUAACCUAUUACACCACUUGCUGCUUGAACUUGAGGAGCCUUUAUGAUAAAAGGAUUGAAUUGAAGACUAUGUUUAUUUCUAAAGAAUGGGAGGACAGCAAGUGGUCAAAGGAAGCAGUGGGCAAGAAAUUCUAUAAUUUAGUAGUGAGCAAUGAGUUUUGGCAUAAUGUGCUAUAUGCUAUAAAUAGUUUUGAACCACUAGUGGAGGUUCUGAGGAGGAUGGGGAGUGGCAGACCCUCUAUGGGAUACAUAUAUGGUGAACUUAUGAACGCUAAAAAGGAAAUUGCCUUCCGCUUUGAAAACAAGGAAGAGCACUAUUUGCCAGUAUGGCACCAUAUAGAUUUUAGAAUAAAUUUGUACAUGAUGAAACCAUUGCACUUAGCUGCUUAUUAUUUGAAUCCUUCGUUCUACUAUCAAAACAGACAUGAAAUUGAAAAUACAGAAAUAUUCAGAGAUGCAGUUUUUGAGUGUGCAUUUUCCUGGUGGCAAUUACAUGAUGGUACAGCAAAGGAGUUGAGUGCUACGGCACUGAGGAUACUGAGGUUAACCUGUGGCUCACUGGCCUACGAGCCAAGUUGGAUUGAAAUGAUCCAUAAAGAAAAGCCAUCUUGGAUUAAAAAUUUGCAAUUUGAGGAUUCAAUGUUUGUGACCGUCAACAGAAGGAUACAAGGGAAAGCUCAAAUGAGAGAUAGAGAUCAUGUACUUGCGUACCUUCACCGUGACGACGAACCAUUUGAAUGGCUGGUGGGCAUGUUUCCCUAUGAGGCCCAACGACAGGAUAAUAGGGAUUUGCUGAUGGCACGAGUGAGAAGCGGAGAUGGAGUAGGUCUAGCGAAGUUGGCAAAUUAUUUAUUUAUCGAGGCAGAAUAUGUGACAUCCGAUGAAGAAAGUGAUGAAGAAGCACCAAGUCACUCUAUCAAAAGGAAGACGUUGUCUGGUGCUUCACGCUCAAAACGAGAGAAGAGGCCACGGCUGGUCAAAGAAAGGGCUAAUGUCACAGGUUCAUCAUCUAAUGCUCGCAAUCGUCGUUCAAGCGCAGCUAGGAGUGCCCAGGAACCCGGACCCCUUGCUGUUGUGGAUGCUACGCCUCUGGCCAGUGUCGUCGAUCUGCAGGCACCGGUCGAUGAUGUGACUGGGUUGCCGUUGAUUAGAUGCCCAGAUUACAGGGAUGUUAGGGUGUUUGCUGCCACGAUAAAGUCUGGGUCUAACAAAGGAAAGAGAUUUUUCAAGUGUCCUAGGAAGAGCUAUGGAAAUGGGUCAUGUUCUAGGUAUUGGUUCGAGGAAGAGUAUGUGGUGUUUCUUGUUGAUAAUGGAUACCUACCGUCAGUUCACCCAACCAUUGCAACAACUUCGACAAUAGAUGUUCCUGAGCUUGUGGGAAAAAUUGAAAGCUUAGAGGAAAAUCUGAACAAGGUCAAGGAGAUGGUUGGCAAGAACAGGGAAGGCAUAGGAAGCUGCAUUUGUCUUGUGUGUGGUUGUGUGAAUGUAACAAUAUUCCUUUUGUUGGCCAUCUUCUUGGUUGUAGUUGUUGUGUUGAAGUAG